AUGACGGCAUCACCAUCAUCCUUUGCCAGUCGCAGCUCGGUACGGUCAUAUUUCGGCAAACAUACCCCACAACAAGGCGGCCAGUACUCCGUUCGAUUAUUUUACCUCGAAGCUCGCAAAACAGACUUCAAAGACGGACUCCACCAGCAGCCAUCACACCAGCUGAACCAUCUUCCCAUCCCAACGUAUGCGGGGUGGAGUACCGACAAGUUUCUUGCCAGGGCGGCCUUUUACUACCAGCAAACUCAGAAGGUUGGCUGUUUGGAUGACGCCUAA